UAAAGCGGAACAGGAGACGUGAAAGCUGCGGCGCUGAGGACUCGCUUUACGGCAGCAGUAACAGCGGGCGAGGGAGGGGGCGCCGGGGAGGUUGUUGGUUGGCUCCGUCAGGGCCAGGCCCUGUCCAAAGGCGGCUGCAUGGAGGCCGGCGGUGGCAACUCGAAGGGCUCAGGCCUUGGCGGCCUGUUCGGUGCUGGAGGCGCCGGGGGCCCGGGCUAUUCCCACGCGGACCUGGCCGGGGUGCCGUUAACUGGAAUGAGCCCUUUGUCUCCUUAUUUAAAUGUGGAUCCCAGAUAUUUAAUACAGGAUACAGAUGAGUUUAUCUUGCCUACAGGAGCGAACAAAACUCGGGGAAGGUUUGAGCUGGCCUUUUUUACCAUUGGAGGGUGUUGUAUGACAGGGGCUGCAUUUGGUGCACUGAAUGGUCUGCGGCUGGGAUUGAAGGAGACACACAGCAUGGCCUGGUCCAAACCUAGAAAUGUACAAAUUUUAAAUAUGGUGACAAGGCAAGGAGCUCUAUGGGCCAACACUCUGGGAUCCUUGGCAUUGCUUUACAGCGCAUUUGGAGUCAUCAUAGAGAAAACACGAGGUGCAGAAGAUGACCUGAACACAGUAGCUGCUGGGACCAUGACAGGAAUGUUAUACAAAUGCACAGGUGGAGUGCGUGGUAUAGCACGAGGAGGCCUUGCAGGCUUGAUGCUCACUGGCCUCUAUGCUCUCUAUAACAACUGGGAGCAUAUGAAGGGCUCAGUACAACGACAAUCCCUCUGAGCAGGGUCAUGAGGACUGAUUAUAGGACAUUUAUGUAGUUCACCAAUCAAAUUGAUUGCAAAAUCUGUCUGGUGAUGUCUCUUCAUAUUUUAUCUACAAUUAGUGUGAAACUGAAUGGAAGCUAUUGUACUGUGAGGAAGUUCAUUGACACCAUUUACCAGGACUGGUGCAUCUCUUCUAGCCAGCAGACUACUGGAGGCAGUGGUACCUGGUGGGUCUGCAAAUGAUUACAAUGUGGCCAUUAACUUCUCCUCAAAAGGCACAGAUGGUCUCCCCAGCAUCUCACUUUCUACUAGCCCUGGACAUAAGCUCCAAGAUCUGGUCCCCUAACUUGACUCACAUACAGUGCUAUGCCACCAGGUUCAUUUGGUUAUUUGUGUACUAUGAUUGUGCUACUUUCUAGCCAAUAAAGUUUGAGUCCGUAGUGCUAACUGCUGCAGUUCUAACAAAUAAAAAUGGUUUUGUAAGCCACUGUAAAUUCAGCUGGAGUUUGUCAUUAGCAGUUAGCACAAGGCAAGGCUUGUGUUAAUGGUAAAAGCACAGUGAAAACUGUUAAUAGGUAUAUCAAACAGUAAAUAGAAGCAUGGUACUAAUGUGCUUUUUCUAAGUUGUCCUCUGUUACCCUGAUGAGGCCAAGAAACACCCAGAUUCCAGUGGGUUUUGUUUGAUUAUAAAAUAGUUUUGUUCAGGAACAUGUCUGUGGUAAAAAUUGAGGGCCGUGGUAAUUUUUCAAGAAAUGCUGAAUGACAAUGCCAUAACCCCCUCACUGUCCAUCACUAAGUACAGUAAUUUUGUCAAGUGUCUGCCGUGCAACAUGGUGACACCAACCCCUGGUUUUGUUUGAUUGGGGCAAUGUGAUUAGGUCACAGAAGGACAAUGCAUAGGAGUCAAUGGAAUAGAAAAGCCAUGGACGAACUGGCUCCUGCUGCUAGAUAAAUGGUAUGGUGAUAGUUUUAAAGAAGGGGUAAUUGACUGGGGGUAGUAUUUAUUUCUAUUAUUAUAGAGACUCAUUUCUUCAUGCAGGCUGUGGCUGGAAUGGACAGAUCUGUGGUGUUGCAGAGUAUUUUCUCACUAUUAAAACAGAUGAGUGCUCCAGAAUUAAGAUAACGAUGAGGAAACUAGUUUGGUCAGUAAAUUGAAACCAAGCAAACAGAACAUCAUUGUUUAGAAAGCAGUUUCUGUUAAACCAUCCAUUUCAACCUAAUAAAAAUGUGUCUAUGGAGUCAA